AGUGGGCUAGCUGAAGUUCCCGGGUGGAGGGCGCUGGUGUCUGGGUCUGUGCAGUCCGGGCUGUGGCCUGUCAAGUGAUUGCACAGGUCAGGUGUGAGUCGGGAUUGCCGGCAGGGCGAACCUACUUGCAACGCUUCUCACCUACACCCAAGGGCCGUGUGGGCAGGGAAUGCAAAUAAUUGGUCCUCCUUGACGUCACAGCACAUGGCGCUUGCGCAUGCUCUGCGCAUGUCGUGUGUUUUUCCGCCUCAGAGCAGGAACAAUGGUGCUCCCUCUAGUGUCCAGAUGGUCUGCAAGGGUCCUCUGGGCAUCUCCAGGAUGGAGGAGGACCUACACCCAGAGUGCUUGUGUGGGGUUGAAGUGGCUGGGUUGCCCUCGGGGUGUGUACAGCCCCUUGGCUCGCAGAGCGUACUCCGAGGUAGCUGGCAGCCCAGAGGUGACGCUGACCCCUGAGCGAUAUCCGGUGCAACGGCUGCCGUUUUCUACUGUGUCCGAGGAGGACCUGGCUGCAUUUGAAUGCAUCAUACCUGGCAGAGUUAUCACAGAUCCAGAGCAACUGCAGACAUGCAACGUUGACUGGCUGAAGACCGUCCGGGGUUGUAGUAAGGUGUUGCUGAGACCCCAGACUUCAGAGGAAGUCUCCCAGAUUCUUAGGCACUGCUACAAGAGGAACUUGGCUGUGAACCCACAGGGCGGGAACACUGGCAUGGUGGGUGGCAGUGUCCCUGUCUUUGACGAAGUCAUCCUGUCCACUGCCCUGAUGAAUCAAGUCAUCAGCUUUCAUGAUGUAUCUGGAAUCCUGGUUUGCCAGGCAGGCUGUGUGCUGGAGGAGCUGAGCAGGUACGUGCAGGAGCGAGACUUCAUCAUGCCACUGGACUUGGGAGCGAAGGGCAGCUGCCACAUCGGGGGAAAUGUGGCAACAAAUGCUGGUGGCCUGCGAUUCCUGAGAUAUGGCUCCCUUCGAGGGACUGUCCUGGGCCUGGAAGUGGUACUUGCUGAUGGGACCAUCCUGAACUGCCUGACGUCUCUGAGGAAGGACAACACAGGCUAUGACCUGAAGCAGAUGUUCAUUGGGUCAGAGGGCACCCUGGGAGUCAUCACUGCUGUGUCCAUUGUGUGCCCACCCAGGCCUAAGGCUGUGAAUGUGGCUUUCCUUGGCUGCCCUGGGUUUGCUGAGGUUCUGCAGACCUUCCGCACCUGCAGGGGGAUGCUGGGUGAGAUCCUGUCUGCGUUUGAGUUCAUGGAUACUGAAUGCAUGCAGUUGGUUGGACAGCACCUCCGGCUAACCAACCCAGUACAAGAGAGUCCAUUCUAUGUCCUGGUUGAGACCUCAGGCUCCAGUGCAGGACAUGAUGCUGAGAAGCUGACGAGCGUCCUGGAGCAGGUGCUGAACUCUGGCCUGGUGACAGAUGGCACUAUGGCCACCGACCAGAGGAAAGUCCAGAUGCUGUGGGCCUUGCGGGAGAGGAUCACAGAGGCACUCAGCUGCGAUGGCUAUGUGUUCAAGUAUGACUUAUCCCUCCCUGUGGAGCGGCUCUAUGACCUUGUGAUCGACCUACGCACCCGCCUUGGCCCUCGUGCCAAGCAUGUGGUGGGAUAUGGACACCUGGGGGAUGGCAACCUUCACCUGAACGUGACUGCAGAGGCCUUUAGCCGGGAGUUGCUCGGUGCCUUGGAACCUUAUGUGUAUGCCUGGACAGCNGAGCAGCGGGGCAGUGUCAGUGCGGAGCACGGCCUGGGCUUCAAGAAGAAGGAUGUANUUGGCUAUAGCAAGCCACCUGUGGCCGUGACGCUUAUGCAUCAGCUCAAGGCCAUGCUGGACCCCAAAGGCAUCCUGAACCCCUAUAAGACUCUACCUGCCCAGUCCUAAAUGGAGCUUUUCAGCUUGUGCAAGAUGCUAGGACCUAGGCGAAGGAAGGUUUGGUGGACCUGGAGGCCUGUCAGCUGAUGGCAUCCACAAUAGACCAGGUUACUAACACUCACUGGCUAGCUAGGAGCCACCGCUGAGCAACCUCUGGGCAAGGUUGCCUCUCUGUGGGGGGUGAACAGAUCAGAUAGAGCUUCCAGGCCCUUCUUUUGUCUCCUGCCAGCUCAGUGUGGACAGAAUAAGUGGGUGGGCAAUUGCCCUACUCCCAAACAGGCCAGAUCUCACCAGCUCUGGGGUGGGUGGCCUGUGGAGACCUGCUUUGUUGCAUCUCUAUAGCGUGUAAUUUUAAAACCUCCCUGUUUGCCUGGUGCAUCUCGAGGCUGCCACCAGUCUCUCACUCAGCUUCGCUACUGGCCAGUUGGCCAUUUUCCCCUGGAGCUGUGAUUGCUGCCCCAUCCCCUCAUGGCUAGCUUUGCCAAACUGUCGCCAACAACUGCCCCAGUGGAUAGAAAACACCAGUUUUAUUAUUUUAAAACUAGACAGAUAACUCAAUGGCUGGGUGAAGAAUUUCCUGCCCUAAUCUUAUCAACUAGCUCCCUCCAUCUUGCCUGGCCUUCUGCCCACAGCAGAAGCUAUAAACUAAGAGCCCCAAGACCUACAUGUCAGCAGCAUCCUACUCGCUUCAAAGCCUGGUCCAAAGUCUGCUUUCUUUGUUUCCCCUUUCUUCUGCCUGGGAUGUAAAACUUCCAUCUUUUUCCCUUCAUGCAGCAAUUAGCUUCUGCCUCUUUUAUUGGCACAAUCAAGAACCAAUUAGGGAACCAAUACCUCUCCCUUCACAUCUCUGGGAAGAGAACCAUGUGAUCUCUUGGAUGGAUCUUACUGGAUAGUUUGUCAUGUGGCAUGUAUUCUGUGAGGGCUGCAGCAGAGUUGUCUAGCCCCAGAUUAGUUACCACAGUGACAGAGAAUGCCACAACUCAUUCCCAUGGGCCUGAGUCGGGUUUGCUGUCAUAUCAAGCAGGUCUUGAAUUGGUAACUGUGGUCCACCUGGCUAGGCAAUUCCCUCAGGUUUUGUUCGUUUUGAGACAGGUUCUCUCAUGUAAUUCUACGUAACUCUGGCUGUUCUGGAACUUAUGAUGUAGACCAGAUAGAUAGACCUUUAACUCACAGAGAUCCACCAUGCCCCUGACUUUGCUUCUGCCCCCUGAGUAAUGGGAUUAAAGGCAAGUGCCACUAUACCCAGUUUACUUUGUUCUUAAAGACCUGUCUGGUUGGUAAGCAGGUGUGGAGGGCUGUGAUUGCCUACAGAGCCUGACCUUUCUGGAUAUGGGACAGUUCCCUAACUGAAUCAAUAGAGGCAACUUUCAGUCAUGUGGUCUACACACUGUCCUCUAUCACUUGGCUUGUCUCAUGACCUGGCAGUCUGGAAGGCCGAAUACACCUACCAUAUUUUUUUCUGCUAUCAGUUUCCAGAAAACAUUUGAACUACAACCUGCAGCUGCUAGAAAAUGAUUCACAUAAAGUUAAUUGUAAAGUUGUGGCUCACUACAUAUCUCCACAUAUUUAGUGUGCUCUGAAUUCCCAAUGUGUCUUCACACGUGGAUUAGAAAGUUAGUGUUAGCAAUGUGAGCAAUCGAAGAGUGAGAGGCUGUAGUUCCUGCCUGUAGUGUGCUACAGAUAGGUUAAGCGAAUGUGGGGAUCCCAACACAGGUACGUGUAGCCCUUCCUGCCAGGACCUGCCUUCCUCUUGCUCCACUGAGCAUUGUUCUGUGGAGCUCACAGGGUACGUGGUAAGCGAAGGGGCUGUCAUUUUCUCUUGAUGAGCUAUGUGAAGCCCCCUUUAUUCAUCCAUCCCUGGGAAAGGAUCUCUUCUUAGGUCCCCUCUAGCUUUUCUUUUGUGUUUUGAAGUGAGUGCAUUUUGAAGUUAGAGCCUGUGAAAUAGAGCAUGGUUGGUGUAGCAGCGUGUAGCUGUAAAACAAACCAUCUAAUGUUGUUAGCACUGACCAGUGCACCCUAAACCAAUGGAGCAGUGAGUUCCACCCAUGCAGAAAACCUAGCUAGAAACAGAUGGGAAAAUGGACUUGCUAACUGACCAAUGAGAUUCCUCCGGACUCCUCAGGCGUCUGACACAUCCAUCUCCUUAAUGCCUGCAGUCUCUCACACCCCAACACAGAAGAGUAAGCCGCCAGUCAGAAGAUGUCUCUCCCUGUGGGAGAGAGCUGGGUGUGGUGAUGCUGGUUUGCAAUCUAGCAUUUGGGAGGCAGAGGCAAGCGGAUCUCUGAUAUAGAGAAUUCCAAGCCAGUCAGGGCUCCAUAGUGAAAUCCUGUCUUAAAAAGCUAGAACAGGUGACCACGAGGACUCUCUACUCCCAUCCCACACAGACGGGAAGUCUCCAGUGUGCAAGCUGGGAGAGGGUAUUGUGUUUGGAUUAGAAGUUUAGGAUUCCACUGCUAGAUAUCUAAGCCAUUGCAAUAUGAGACACAGUUACCUAACCAGGACAGUGGGAGGAGUAUACCCAGGAUCAGCAGUUUCUCUGUGAUGUGAGCAAGCAUGGCCUGGAGUCUCAGCCGUAGGGAAGGUGGCUUGGGCAUGGGCAGACCCUGCCCAGGACUACAAGGGGCUAUGUGGUCUUCCAUAGCAGCAUGCGUCACAGAAAGAGGACAGCUGUCGUACGAGAUGAUUAGGAGACGGUGNUUUGUAUGGUUGCAGACAUGGACACCUUACUGAUCCAGGUUAUGCUCUCCCGGUCCAGCACACUACCCACUGGUGCCCCCUGUGAACCAGCUCCUGCCGCUGGAUAUAUGCGAUGUAGAAGACACUGCUGGGUACCUUGGUUGCAACUGCCCAUUGCUGCCUAUCUAGAAUCUCAAAGCCUGGAUGGGUAGGUGACCCAUAGGCAUUAGAAGAGGACCCCUUGCCCCAGAGGGUCUAUGGGAGCAGGGGGCAAGCUCAGUUGGAGUGGAGCUGCUGUUUUGAGGUCACUAACCUGUGCCCUGGUGUGCUCCUUCAUGGUAGAGUAUCCAAGCUCUGAACCUGGUGUCAUUUUUUUUUUCUUAAUAAAUGUACGAGUAGCCUAA